AUGACAGCUGAGUGAGAUGAUAACACUAACAGUAAAGUUUAUUACAGUAACAGAACGAUAUGAAACCCUUUAUCCGCCUAAAUGUCUGACGAUUUUUAUGACAUAAUGUCACACACAGCAGACCGUCUUCGUCUCAAAGAUAAGAUUGUGUCGAAUGUGGCAAAAGCAAUAAAAGCAAUUCAACAGUAUCAGUAUUCCUAUGGUGAAGAAGGACUAGUGUUGACUAAUACAGAUUGGCAGUGUCAUAAACUGUGUGAAAACCUAGAUCAUGCUCUAUUACAUGGGUUACGCCAUAUUACUAAUGGGUAUUGGAGAGUCAUUACAGAGUAUACAAGAAAGGGAACUAUUAAAGAGAUAGAAAGAUUAAAUAAAGUGACAACAGAUUUAGGUCGAGGUAGAGCCUGGCUGUAUUAUUCUCUAAAUGAAUGUUUAUUAGAGAGUUAUAUUAGAUGUUUAACAGAUAAUGAGAAACAGAUGAAGAAAUAUUAUGUUAAAGAAGCACUUGUGCUCGAUCAACAGAGAAUGAAUGUGUUAUUGACUUUAACGUCUGGGCUAGAUUUCGUUACAUUUCAGUUGGAACCGAAUUGUCCAUAUCUGGAUCUUGGAACAUGCCCACCUAAGCCUGCAUCUGAUAGACGAAGUUCACAAGAUGAUAGAGUAUCACUACACAGUAUGGACAGUAUAACAUCUUCUAGAAAUAGCGCUUUAGAGACAUCCACAACUGAUUCCUCUAAGAUUCUAUCUGAUAGUGAUACUGCCAGUCUAAGUAGCUUAGAUACAACAAAUGGUAGCACGGAUAAAUCAAGACAGUGUUCAAUAUCAUACGACUCCGGCUGCCAUCUUGAUAACUUGGGUAUAAGAAGUCGACAAACUAGUGCAACACCGCCUACAGAUGCCAUUUCCAAUUCUAGUCAAGGAGAGCAAGAGUCCCGAUUAAAGCGCAUAGAGUCUAUACCAGUAGCAGAAGAUGUUGAUGAACUUCAAAAUGAUUUUGAAAUUAUUCGAGUGAAAUCAAAGAAUUCAAAAACGAAAAGUACUAAAAGAAAGAAAAUUUCUAAAGUAUUAGCGGCUCAAAGUACUACUGUCGACAUUGUGUCAAAAGCAGAAGAGAAUAACAAUUUUUCUGUACAUCAUACCAAUGAUAUUACUGUGAAAGGCCAGGCUGAGGUCAAAGAUUUAAUGAAUGGAGUGUUGACAGCACAGAAUGAUUCGUUAGACGAUGCAACUAAAAUUAAAGACGUGCAUAUAUCUGAUUUUCAUGAUAUUCCAAACGGCACAAAUAUAUCAAUCAUUGAAGAAAAUAGUGAAAAUGACUCAACUUCUAACAGUGAUAUAGUUGAUAGUCAAAUUUUUGAAAAUAAUAGUGAAAAUAACCACAACAUUCCUUCAGAUCAGGAUCAGAUACACAAUGCGAUUAGCCCCGAUGUUCAAAAUAAAACUUCUCCAAGUGAUCAGGAGGAUUCUCUAAAUAGUUUAACUUCUGUGGAGCAUGGCAAACAAGCAGGUGCUGAAUCUAUAGAAGAAUUACCUGUUAAUAAUGCCAAAUCUACCGAUUUUGAGGUAGAAGAGGAUGUGUACGAACUGUAUCAUAAAUCAACUGACGAAUCCAAUGAUGAAUAUCUGCCUAGUACUAGUCAACAAAGAAAAUCGGCACUGGAAGACUAUGUCAAAUUUAUAUCGGGUGAAAAUAGUGAAUCAGUAGUAGAUGGUAUUGAUACUUCAGGUUUUGGUGAAUCUGAUCGUGUAGGUAAUGAAGACUGUGAUACGUCUUCUAUUAAUGAAGAUAUUGAUUAUAAUAUAAAUAUUGAUAAUAAUACCAUGUUACAUGUGAUGUUAGAAAUAUUUCAAGAAAAAGAUGAAAACUUUAAAAAGUUAUUAAGUUGUCGUCAAGGUCAGACUGAAGGAGAUGUAAUAGUUGUAUUUAUACUGAUAACAGAUAGAAGAUUAUAUGUAUUACAUUAUAAAAACGCUAGUAAACGAUUUAUAGUAGAUACAUCUGUAGCUUAUAAAGAUAUAGAUUUUAUAGUGCAUAGUAUAAAUUAUCAAGUUAUAAAUGUUGUCUGUGCUAAUAAAAGAAAACAGUUUUGGUUAACUACAGGAGAUGAAACUCUUUCAAGAUUAAUAGUACAGACAAUGUGUGAUAUCAUAGAUUCUAGUGAUCUCAAGAUUAAAAAACUGGCUGUAUUUGAUGAUGCUACAGCUCAAAAAAUAUGUCUCAAGAAAUAUAUUAGACAGGAAUGUCACUGUGAGGAAUCAGAUGCAAUAGCAGAAAUCUAUUCCUUGGUGUAUUGGGAAGAUCCACAUUCUGGAGAGUCCAAAUCAGAAAGUUGUUCUAGAGAAGGAAAGUUAUAUCAAAGAGAACAUGAUUCGUUUAAAGGGACAACAUGGAGACCAGUUUAUGUGAUUUUAAGAGAUGGUAUAUUGUGUAUAUUUAACAAUAAAAGCGACAGUAAACCUCAGUCCUAUUUACGUAUGGGUGGAGACCAGUGUGUAGGAUGUAGAAGAUCACAGAGUAGUGAGAGAGCAAAUAGUUUAGAGAUAGUAUUAGCUAGUGGUGAUAGUUGGACACUUUCAUCAGAUGAUCAUACAGAUUUAUCUAUGUGGCUUCUCUGUAUGUGUCGCGCCGUUUCUGAAGGAAUGCAGCCUGAUGGAACGCCCUUUAGUUGUUUACCAUGUUGUGCUGUAGUCACCAAUCAAAAAAUAUUGAUGUGUCAUGAAGAUGUUCAAACUAGUUUCUUUAGAACCUUGGGUAGUGCCAAUAUAGAAGAAGUUACAGGAAUUACACAAGAUCAGGAAAAUGAUGCAUACUGUGUGGUGGAAUUUGACUCUCAAGAUGAUACUAUAAGUAGUGAAGAAUGGGUUCUAUAUUUUAAUUCACCAAAAGAAAAGAAGAAAUUCUGUCAAGCUGUAUCCGUGUGUUGGACAAGACAGUUUCAAGUUGAACUCCCCAUUAAUAGUUUUGAUAAUAUAACUCUAGAAAAACGCUGUCAAGAAACUGCUAAGAUACUCAGAAAUUCCCUCAUAUUAUAGUACUAAAAUUCUCAAAUUUCCAACAAAAACCACAUACGCUUCAACGUGAUAUCAGUUUUAAAACUGUACACUAUGAAUAUAGACUCUUGUGAUCUGAUCCAAACUCGGUAGUCAACCGAUUAAUUCUACGCAUCAACCUGCCUUUUAUCUGAUAAAAAGUUCCUUUUCCAAGUUUUAUCUUUACCUAGCAUAAUGGAUAAGGGCAUUUAUUAAUAGUGGGUGUAAAAUCAAAAUACAAAAUACUAAAAUGGUCUGGAUUAUUUUGAUUAAAAAAGUAUAUAGGUAUUUAAUGGAAUUUUGAAAUAUGUUUUUAAAAUUUUAAUAUCACUUUAGAUUUAGUUCCUAAACAUAUUUUUGAAGGUUUAGAAACGUGCGUGUUCGCUUAAAUUUUGAAGGAAUGCGAGAUUAGAUAAAAUAGGCCCACUAGUAUAACAACUCAACUUCAUAAAUUCUAAAGUACAUGACUGUCAUUUAAGAAUCUGGGAUUAUUAAUUGCGAAAAAAACUUGAAAAUUUGACUGGAAAAAAAAUUUGGUCUUUCUCUGCAGAUGUUGUGAGAUAAUGUUGUCACACCCAUAUCAGACUUUGGCCUAUCUCUAGUGGAUCCUGACUCCUGGACAUGAUCGGUCAGUCUCAUCAUUAUAGUGGGAUGGCAUCCAAACCUUUUGUCGAUUGUGAAAACAUCCUCCUCACAUGUUAUAGUUUAAAGUUUAUCACUCAAUUAAGAUUUACAAUCAUCCAUUUAUAAAAGUGCUAUGUUUUUAUUUUAUCGCAGUAUAAAAAAGUAACAUCUUACAAUUCAGCCAAAAUAAUGUUUAUUAUCUAUCUAGCAGUCACAAAGGUCAUCGUGUCUUAGGUUUAGUAGAUUUGAACAAAGCCAUUGCAAGGUUAACAUUCAAGAAAUGAUAAUAUUAUUGGUAUUUUGUUGAGGUUUUGGUUCAAUAACAUAUAGAUGAAUAGUCCCAAUUUCGUGAAUUUUCCAUGACAUAGAUUAAUAAAUCCAGAUUUUCUGGCUGGAACUAUUUUUCGGAACUUGCACAACUUUCCAGACCUUGUCAAACUAUUUAGUACACUUACAGUAUUCAUACAGUUCUACUGUAAUCGUGCUCUUUUCAUAUUGUCAUAUUUUAGGGCUAUUCUGUUUAGAAUUACCUGGGUGGGUAGGAACUCCACUUAUACACCCUUCAGAUCAACACAGUAUCUAUUUGUUACUUCCUUCAAAUUGUAUGUGAAGGAUUGCUCAAUAGAAUCCAGUUUUUUAAGACCACCAGAUCAUUUUAAAGCGUGGUGUUGGCCAUCACCCAGGUAACUUUAAUAAUUGGAAUAACUCUUAUCUUAAGAACAUGGAGUUCUUUAUAAUUUAAUUCAGCCCGGUUCUAUGGAUUUGAGAUCUAAUUUAUUAGCUUUAAAUUAAUAAAUUAUGUAGAUGUUAAAAUUAUUUGCCAAACUAAAGCUUAGCUUAGCCAGGGUUCUGAGGUCUUCGUUGUCAUAAAAUUGAGCUAAAAUAAUGUUUUUGUAUGAUGUAAAUGUAUAUGUAUUGAGAUUUUUUUUCUAUUAGUUUUAUAAAAUGUACAUGUAUUGACAUUGAGAACCUUUUUUUAUAUCGGUUUCAUAAACAAUUAUCUAUACAAAUCAAAAUCAUAUAAUUACUAAUCUGGCAGUCGCUAUCCAUGGUAUCCCCAGUGGUCUCAUUCCGUUCCACUCCACUAAACCCUGGGUUCAUCCAUGGGGUAUUCACAUAUUCAAAUUACCUGCCCUUGAUCGUAGCUUGAUUCUACGAACCAAUCAAAAAACAGUGUACAAACCAGUCUUAGCCUCAUUGCUUACAUUCAAUCAAUAUGGCAGCCUUUUAUACCCCCACAUUGAAAUUUGGUUGUUUAUUGUCGUGGCCCCCAUCUGUCCGGCGUCCACAAAUUCUUGUGGAUGCUCUAGAGGCCAAAGUUAAUAUCUGAUUGACUAUACAUUUAUACACAGUGUUUAAGGUCAUGAGACGAAGAAGCUUAUUGAUUUUCAACUAUUUCCGAUAAUUACUGUCAGAGGUAUGGCCCUUGAUCACUUUGAAAAAUUGUGUGGAUGCUCUAGAGGCUAAAGUUAUACACAGUGUUGAAAGGUCAUGAGACAAAGAAACCUAUUGUUCAACGAUUUCUCAUGAUUACUGCCAGUGUUAUAGCCCUUGAUCACUUUGAUAAAUCUUGUGGACAUCAGACGAAGCCUAUUGAUUUUCAACGAUUUCCGAUAAUUAAUGCCAGAGUUAUGGCCCUUGAUCACUUUGAAAAAUCUUGUGGAUGCUUUAAUUAGAGACCAUAGUUAUCAUCUGAUUGAUUUUAUAUUUAUACACCAUGUUUACGCCUGCAUAUAAUCGUUUUGAUCGACUUUAGAUUGAUACACAGAGUUUAAGGUCCUGAGACGAACAAGUAUAUUGAUUUUCAAUGAUUUUUGAUAACUUGAACAGCUAAAUCCAUGAUAUUAAACGUUUUGUAUACUAAACGUUAGUAUUGGUCAAACAAAUUCUAAUGAUUUUUUGAUAAUUACUUAAUGAGACGUUACUCUUAAUCAGUAUAAAUGUUUCAUUAUUGACAAAAGUAAAACUAUGCGACAACUCUUGUUGACUGCCUGGACGAUUUAGCUGCUGUGGGCGUAUGUUUCGUUGCCUGGCAACAAGACAAGAGUUACUCCCUUUCGCCAACUUCCUUUGUAUUCAACAAUUUUUUCGAUUUGUCUAUAAAAAUAGCACAGUCAUCAAGGGCAUUUAAUUUGAAUACAUGUCUCCCAUGGAUGAACCCAGGGGUUUGUGGAGUGGAACGGAAUGAGACCACUGGGGAUUCCGAGGAUGGCAGUUUGACAUGUGUACAAACAAGUCUAAUGUUAUGUCUUGAACAUGAAUAACUUUAAGAGAUAUUGUGACGCUUAUUUGGAAUACAGUUAUGAGAUUUAUGUAAACGAUUUUUCUUCACUUGCAUAAUUGCAACAUAAAACUGAAUACAAAACAGUUAAAGCGGCAUUAGGUAAGAUUAGAUAAAGCGUUGACAGUUCUUGCCAUAAUAGUUAAUAAAAAGGGAAUAUAUUGAAAAUUUCAGUCAAAUUACUUCACUCUGAGCCUAGCUAUCCGUGAUACAACUAUAGUCUAGCCUUGAUUGUCAUUGCUAUCGUUGUUACAAUAAUAAACAAAGUCUCGAUUAUCCAUUUUUACGGUAACCGCAUCAACCACGAGAUGCAUUUAAUAUUGAAGAAAUCCGAUGGCAUUGAGAGUUGAUUAUGGUCUUGGUAUGUUAUUUAUGUCUAAUUAAUAAUUUAUAUAGCAGACCUGAAUUGGGCAGAUUUAGCUCUUGCAUAAUGCCCGUUUAAUUUAGUUGAGUAAAAAAGAUAUUGGGAAGCUAUAUUCCUGUAACAUGGUACAAAUUGGGUAUUUGUGUUUAGAAAUAAAAUAUGGAUUAUGUUGUCUUUCAUUAUAAAUGUAUCAUCAAAGGAGGGAGAAAUAUGAGACUUGUGAUUUAUGGAGGCUUGAUGUCCUAUAUGGUAUUUUUCAAUAAUUAAUGAAAUACCGAUAUUAAAAAAUAUACUAUGUAAAUUGAUCUAUUAUGAUGACUAUUGAAAGCUGCUGAUCAUUGUAUUUUUCGGACAAUAUCUGAUUUUUUACAGCUUAAUCAAUGCUAAAAUUACUCAGAUUUAUCACUUGACAUUUACAUGUAGUUAAAAACAAUAUCAAAAUAUCAAUGGCAGAUAAUCUCCUGGCUUAGAUUCAGUUGGAUUAAGAAGAGGCCCAUCAAAAGAAUAUAACAAGGAUUAAAAGUUGACUCUGAAUUGUUAUAUGUGUUAUAAACCAAACAGCCUAAAUCAAAACAGCCCAAAGAUUUGGUCAAGAGAGCCACAGCUUUUAGUAAAAAUGAUCAGAGAUUGAUCACUACGGUCCUAAAAAAAUACAACCAAUUAAAUUGGUGUUAUUAUGGAUCCAGUGAUACAUAUUUACAUGAAUUAUUUUGAACAAAGUGAAUUUUGUAACUUUUGGUUUACGAUGAUCAGCAGCUUUAUGAUUAAUUUUUAGAAUGUAAAUAUUGAUGUAUAAAUAUUAUUGGUAUAUAACCAACUACCUACUGCUUUCAUUUUUUGUAUUUGCCUAUUAUACUGUUAAUGUUUGUAAAUUUAUUCAUUUUGAUAACCGACAUGCAUGCAUAUUCAAUUUUUUUUAUUUUCUUUUAUGAAAAACAAGAUUAUGGUCCUCUUCCUUUGGCAUCCUUACAUAAACGGACAAUUAUUAUAUCAUUAUUUUUUGAUUAAUUUCCAGACUAGUAAAGACCAGAUUAUGCAAUCGAUAUGGGGUCAAAGUUCAAUCACAACUUCAUGUGUAAUAGAUUUUUGUUGGCAUAAUUCUUUUAUUUUGAAUUCACAAUGUAAGAAUCAUAAUCUUCAUACAUAAGCAAAUCAAGAAGCAAAGUCUGGUUCCCCCUAACAAAUAAUACCCAUAUACAUGUAUUUAAUUGUUUACUACAGAAUUAAUGACUUGGGUAACUUUGAAAUGACUCGUCUAAUAGAUGACUUCAAAAAUAUUAACUAUAUUUAUCAGGAUAAUGUUAAAUGACAAUAUGUCAGCCAUUAUGUGAUAGAACUGGUUAAACACAUUCCAAAUAUACUUUUAGCACAGAGAUCACUGCUAUGGUAGAUAUGUAACGAACAUUUGAAGAAACAGGAAGUGACGCAAAAAAAAUGACAAUUAAAAAAAAGAAUUGCUGGUCACUGGAUAAGAGGAAAUAAAAAAAAUAGAAAAGACCCAUGCAUUCCCUUGUUUUUAUUCAUUCUGUACUUAAAAUAAACAUGGUACUGCACAGACUUUUCUAAUUUGUUCGUUUUCUCUAUCAAGUGAGUCAAAUUUUUUUGACUUGUCAGAUAUCCUCUAGUCAUAGUCUUGCAUAUCAACUUUUCGUCUUCAACGGAAUUAUCAGUGACAUGAAAUUCGACCAUGUGUCUGUUAUUGCUCGUUGCUUCAGUCAAUCAUAUAGAAGGAUAACUAAUGUUUGUCAUUUUUUGCGUCACUUCCCGUUUUUUCAAAUGUUCGUUGCGCAUUUACUGUAGCAGUGAUCUCUAUAUUUGGAAUGUGUUUAACCAGUUCUAUCACAUAUGUAAUAAUGGUUGACACCAAUAUUGUCCUUUAACCUUUGUUUAUUGUUGUACACAUAUACCUAGUCAGGAUAAAUCAUAUUUGUAUCUCUUUGGCAUGAGAAUAUGUAAAUACAGGUAUUCUAUGAUAUUGUUAAUGGGCCUGUGUGCAAUUCUUUUCAGACAAGAAAAGUAUUUAGUUAAUUUCAUCAUUAUUUGUGACAAGAUCCUGUAAAUAACUACUUUUAGUUUUUUUGUUUCUUUUAUCUUCCAUGAAUAUUUAUUUUCUUAAUAGAUUUAUUGAAGACUUUAGUUUUAUAACAAUGUAUAAUUUUAUCAGUUUCAUCAAUUUAAUAAUGAAUAGAUGAUUGUUAAAAUAUUUUAUCUUAAGUUGAUAAAGAGAAUCAUGACAAACUACAUAUUUGUAUUUAACUGCACAAAAUCCUUACAAAAAUAUUCAGCUUGGUCAUUCAUAUAGAAUGCACAAGUGUUGCUGGUAAUGCUCAUUAUAUUAAUGUAGUCUAUUCUGCUCAUUGGUAUUAAUCACAUAUACCACGCAUAAAUCAGAGAAAAUUGUUUUAUUUAUGACAGUAGAACUGUAUUAUUAAUAAUUGUUAUUGCAAGUUGCUGUCAUGCAUUCUUAUAAAGAAAUAAACCAAAUUGGAAAUUGAAAGUUUUCAAUGCUAGUUCCUUUUGUACGGUUGCAUCUUAAAAAUGGGACUCUCUACCAGAUGAACUUUGAUUCAUUCAUUCAAAUCUGGUCAAAACACAUAUGUUUGAACCCUAUUAUUAAAUAUUAGCAUAAACUCUAAUGUACAAACCCUUGUAAGUUUGGCACUUUGAACAUGCUUUGUAGAAUCUAGCACAUUCCAAAUGGACAUUUAUUAUUAUGAGUACA